AAAUUAAGCUCUGCAUGUGAUGAACAGUCCCUUUAAUUUAUUGCCUGCAUUAAUUCAAUCUGUGAACGAAGUUUGUUGUAAGUAGAUAGGAAGAAAAGAAGGGAUCGGAGAUCAUCAAUUUCAAUUCACUUGUUUCUUCUCUGUAAAUCGAUCUCGAUCAUGGCAUUUCCAAUGCAUCUCUUUCUCACCCUGCUCUGCAUUUCAUCAUUGAUUGGAGUUGACGCAGCGAUUUUCACGUUGAAGAAUAGAUGCAACGUGACGAUAUGGCCAGGGAUUCAAUCAGGAGCGGGGCAUCCCGUACUGAUGAAAGGAGGGUUAGUGUUGGAAGCGGGGCAGAGCGAGAGGAUCGACGCGCCGGCGGGGUGGUCGGGGAGGAUCUGGCCGCGGAGUGGAUGCGCGUUUGAUAAAUCCACCGGGAGAGGGAGUUGCGGCACGGGCGACUGCGGCGGGACCCUCCAGUGCGACGGCGCGGGUGGGGCCCCGCCGGCGUCUCUGGCGGAGUUCACCCUGGACAGCCCGCUCGACUUCUACGACGUCAGCCUCGUCGACGGCUUCAACGUCCCCGUAUCCAUCUUCCCGUCCGGCGGAUCCGGGGAUUGCUCCGAGGUCAAGUGUCUCCGGGACCUCAACAGGUCGUGCCCGCAAGAACUGCAGGUCCGGUCCACCGGCGGCGAAGUCAUAGCGUGUAAAAGCGCGUGCAACGCUUUCAACAAGCCGGAAUAUUGCUGCACCGGCGAGUUCGGCAAUCCGCAAACAUGCCAGCCGACAAACUAUUCCCGUAUAUUCAAGAAUGCUUGUCCAAGAGCUUAUAGCUAUCCAUAUGAUGAUGCCACCAGCACUUUCACCUGCACAAAAGCAGAUUACUUGAUAGCUUUCUGUUAGAAAUUUAAUAUGCAGUCUAAUCUAGCAGCCUAAAGGCUGUUUAAUUUCAAGAAAGCUUUAUAAUUCAUAUAUGAAAGAUUGAAAACAUACGACUAUAUGAACAAA